AUGGAGGUUGGAGUAAUUUCGAUAGCGUGCAGCAAACUCUCUACUUCGACACCAUUUCACCUCAAAACCUACGAGCUUUCUCUCUUGGGUCGAAUCGUUCCACCCAUUUACAUUCCUAUGAUCCUUUUCUAUCCCCUGAACCAAAUUCACACGAACCAGCUUUCCUUUACCCAUAUUAUCUCCAAAACAAGACAGCAGCUAAAGCAAUCCUUGUCAGAAACUUUAACUCGGUUUUAUCCUCUUGCUGGAAGGGUCAAAGAUUAUAUUUCCAUUGAUUGUAAUGACGAGGGGGUUUACUACGUAGAGGCCCGAGUCACUGGUUCUUUGUUUGAGUUUCUCAACCAGCCUGAUCUUUCAUCAAUUCACAAAUUCCUUCCGGAUGGAGAGGAUAAUAAAGCUGAAGCAGUCCCAGGAGACCACGUGGCGAAGAUACAGCUUGGGCUGCUAUGGGCAAUUGCCAAACUCAAGGCCAACGCAACCAGCUCAAGUGUGCCGAAUCCCACGCUCUUUGAGGCAGUUUCAGCAAUUCUCUGGAAAUGCAUGUUCUCUGCGAUUAAGGUAAAACCCGGAAUUCAGAAACCCAGUUUGAUAACCCACGCAGUAAAUAUGCCGUCAAGAGCAGUGCCUCCUAUUUCAGAAAAUCUUAUGGGCAAUUCCCUCUGGCUGGCCACUGCAAUGUCACCAUUUAACGAAACACAGCUGCAAACUUUGGCAUGCAAGUUGAGGGAAGUGAUUAAAAAAGUUGAUGGUGAUUUUGUGAAGAACCUACAGGGAGAUGAAGGGCUGCAGGUUAAGCUUAGUGAGCUUAUAAAAGAGGUGGGCGAAAACUUUUCUAGUGAAGUUGAUUAUAUUGCGUUUAAUAGUUGGUAUAACUUCGGUAUAUAUGAGAUUGAUUUUGGCUGGGGAAAGCCGAUUUGGGCGAGUGCUGUUGGUUCAGCCAAAUGAAUGCCAGUGAUUUUGAAUGUUGCUGUUCUUAUGGAUACACGAGUGGGGGACGGAAUUGAAGCAUGGGUGUUUUUGGAUGAACAAGACAUGGCUGUAUUAGAACAUGAUGAAGAGCUCCUGGCUUUUGCUUCCUUAGAUUCAAGUCCUCUUAAUCACUCAUCUAGCAUCAAAUGUGUUAUGCCUGAAAAUGUAUGGUUGACGCAGAGCCCAGUCAGUACAAAUGGUCAGAGUCUAGGUAGAUCUUACAACCAUUCAGGUGCGAUCACGUCGCAUGCUGGCGUGUGGAGCAUGCUCCUACCAGUGCAGUGGGUGUGCGCCAGACUGACGAGAGGCUGGAUGUCGUCUACGUAUCCAAUCCCUACAUAA